ACCGCCUCAACCCAGAAAAAUUCGUUCCUUGCCACCCAAGGACACCUAUCUCCCUCCCUUACAACCUGGUGCACAUUAGCAUCUUGUCGGUGCAGUGUGUACCUCUUCCUCAAUCCCCGUGGCCGAGAUGGGGAAGGGAAUGCCAUACUCCGACGUCGAAAAGGGGCCAGAAAGGGGGCAAGAGAAGAGGCGGCACAGGAGUCGACCACCUCCGCCACAAAUUUGCCCCCCACCAGAGAAGCCAUGGUUUCCGUGGCUCGUGCCAGUCAUAUUUUCAGCCAAUCUCAUCAUGUUCAUCAUCACCAUGUAUAUCAACGACUGCCCGUCUCAAGAGAAUCAUCCUCGGUGCGUUUUGCCUUUCUUGAAGAGGUUCUCUUUCCAACCCUUCAAAGAAAACAUCCUCCUUGGUCCUUCUGCACUCACUCUGCAAAAGCUAGGUGCCCUUGAACGGAACUUGGUGGUGGACGACGGGGAAGGAUGGCGCCUCUUGUCUUGCAUGUGGCUUCAUGCUGGAGUUGUUCAUCUGGUUGUUAACAUGUUAAGCCUUCUAUUCAUAGGAAUCCGGCUUGAGCAGGAAUUCGGUUUCAUCAGAAUAGGACCCCUCUACGUACUUUCUGGCUUAGCUGGAAGCUUAGCAUCUACAAAUCAUGGAAAAGAAUCUAGCGUAUCAGUUGGCGCAUCUGGGGCACUUUUUGGAUUGUUGGGAGCCAUGCUAUCUGAGCUUUUUACAAACUGGACAAUCUAUACAAAGAAGAUAUACAUAUGCCUUUGGCAAGCUAUAUGGUGUUCCACCAAUGAAAAAUCUGCCUUGAUUUCAAGAAAUCGAGACAUUCUUGAGAGUUCACCUGCUAGUUCCUCAAGAAUUGCAGGUAUAGCACCACAAACUAUAACAACACUCGAAAAGAGAAAAAAGAAACACUGCAAACUAUACUUCCUUAUAUCAGGAAUGUCAAACAAACACAUGAAACACACACACAUAUCUAAAGUGAACUUAUUGCCGAUUUAUGAUUGUAUACCUGUCAAUAUUCAGAUGUAAGUGUAUGUAUAUGAUUUGCAUACAUCUCAAAAACCAGAGAACUAGAAGCUACUACAAAAUUUGAAUAUGCUUUGGCAUGGUAUACUGGAGUUCAUAUGGCUCCAUCAGAUGUAGGAAAUUACAAUACUUGAAACAUCACUUACAUUGAAGUUUUAUGACUCAAACGUUAUUUCAGUAUUUCUUAUUCAAAUUCUGCAAUUAGCUCAUUGUCAUUGGUGUAUGACUUAAUUGAAAUCUGCAAUUUGUAUCAUGCAUAUGUGUUUGGAAUCAUAAAUUUAUACCACAUGCAUAUACUCUCAGUUAUUAAUGAAGAACUAUUUAUUCUUUCUCAUCUUUAACAAUUUUUACAACAUUGUUGUAUCUUUGAGGAGAUGACUUUUUUACUUUUUAAUGAGCAUAAUUCGAGUUUUACCCUA